AUGUCCCACUGGUACAAUAAUGCGGCGUCUACGCACCGGACAGGACUAGCAUCGCAUGAUUCACGGAUACCAAUUGCGGCAGUGGUAAAUGAGAACUGGCGUGGCAAAAACGAUCCCGCGGAAAGGCGCCGGAUACAGAAUCGUUUGAACCAGCGAGCUUUCAGACAGCGACAGCGAGCGGGCCAGUCACCAAAGCAGUAUAAGCCACGCAGUGUAUCGGCGUCUUCCAGCCAGAAGCAGUCGGUUUCAGAUAAUGACGAAGAGAGCGAGGAUGAUUACGAAGAAGAAGAAGAGGAUGAGCAAGAGGAUGAGGAUGCAACGGGGAGCUCGGCGUCCGGUACAUCUGUGCCUCGCCGGACAGUGCGCGCAGCCAGCACUCGUACGACCUCUCUUCCUGCACGCACCCAGACCGGUGGUCGUACUGAUGCAAACCCAGGACGCGCAUGGGACGAGCUUGCACAGCUCAUCAACCGCAACUUGAUGGGCGCAGCGGCAACGAACGCUCAGUACCUUGGCAUCGACCAAGCGGCGGUGCAGAAUGGCACGCUCGUUUACACGCCCUCCCCGAGCGAUCGUUCAGUACCCGCCACACUGAUGCCAAUAGACCUGCAGUAUCAAGUAGCACAUGAUCCAAUCAUCGACAUUAUACCACACCCACGGCUCCGAUACAACAUUCUGCGAGCAAUCGCAACCAACAGCAUAGAUGCGGCGUCUUUGCUCAGCUGUAUCCGAGCUUCUGGAGCCAUGGAGCGGGUUAAUGGUGGCUGGCAGCGCGCUGGGCUUGUGGUAUGGAGCUCACCAGAAUAUGUGGCAAGCUGGGAGAUGUCUGAGCCCUUCGUAAGACGUUGGGCUUGCUUGUUGCCCGGCUGCGAAGAUUUGGUUGCAGCGACCAAUGCUUGGCGCCAGAAGAGAGGCGAGAAGCUGAUCCCGCGUUCGAGCCAGCGAGCGACUUGUGUGUGCGUUUCACGGCCGAUAAGCCCAGCCAGCAGAGAUAGCGACGACAGGCCUGAUGCGAAGCACCCGCGCUAUGACCUACAAAUGGACCGUCCGCGCCCGCAACCUCCACCACGCCGGUCGACCAACCAAAUACGGGCCAAACCUGCUGACCCUGGUGUCAUCACCUCUAUGAUCGAUUCGCUGGAGGGUGACCAUGUCUCAAGGCCGGGCUCGCGGGACGUUGACUCUAGGCUUGGGCAGGCUUCUUCGGUACGUGCAGAGGGUUCGCGUGCGGAUUCAGCACCUCCACCCUCUAUACGAACGUCACGCGCUCCUUCUGGUCUGUCGCAAUACACUGCGCCUUCGGUCAACGGUAGUGCGCUGAGCCAUCUGCGACCUGCAUCGAUCAAUUCGCGAACGAGUUCAUAUGUAAGCCUGCCGAGGGAGAAGGAGAGCAGCGACAGAAACAAGCACAGUGCGGAAAGCUGGAUAAGGCAUUACUCAGUCAGUCAAGAGUCAAUCAGCAGAAAUGGCAAACCGAAAGAGCGCCGCAAGAGCUUGAGGCGCACAACGACGCAGGAAGCGUUGCGGUCAUCAGCCGCCGCCGCCGACGUGCCUGCUCCGCGAGGUCCAUCAGACCUUUGGGCACUGUCACGCGCCGAGCAAAUCAUCGCGAGGACACCGCCACCGCUGACUGAUCCAAACAAAGGCCGGCUAUACCUCAACGACUCAAGCGCGGGCGAGGAUAGAAGGAUCUGCGACUCUUUGGUCUCCGACACUAAGAGUGCAGAGACUGACGGGAGCGCCAGAAGUAGUCAACGUACGCAGGCAAGCAUCUUGACCGAAGCAACCGAGCCGACCGCAUUGACACCGCCGCGCAUAUCGCCCAGGAAAAGUCCGAUUGUCGACUCGAUCCCAACCCGAACUUCUUCGUUAAGAGCGAUCAUUCCCAGUCCAACUUCUGGCAAGAAAAGGGAUAAGAAGUCAAAACGACCGGUUUUCGCCAGCAGCAAGACAGAAAGCGUUUCGAGCCGAUCCCGGUCGAUUCCAGAGUCAAGCUGGGCUGAUUUGGGCGAAGACGAUGAGACAGUGAAACGCAUUCGCGAGCUUAAAGAGAAGCGCAAGUCGCGUUUGGAGGAAUUGAAAACCUUUGCUACGCAAGCGGAAAGCCCCAAUCCGUUGGAGCCACUAAGCGAAGACUAUAAGCGAGCCUCCCGCGUCAGACCUGCAGCCAAUCGAGCUGCGACUGAGCCUGCAUCGAAAGCACACAGAGUCCUAGGAUUGAGAGACGACCGCACAGCGACGCUUGGUGAUCGCCCUGCAGUCAUUCAGAGAGCAACAAGUGAGUCUCCAGACCAUUCGCGCAGACCGGUUUCGCAUCACGAUCCGGUAACGGCCGAGUCAACCAGCACAGUCAGCCCGUCAACGCCUUCAUUGUCACUGGACUAUUCGUACGCACAGGCUAUGAACACGUUGCAACACGCAAACGGGGAGACCGGGCUUAGGAAACAGCACAAGCGGCAGACCUCCAAAAGCUCCGGCUCGGUGGACGCGCUUGAACUACCACGGCUUGCGCAACCUUUGGAUUCGUCCAGUACGACCAGCCGACCCAGGCCAAUGAGCUCGCGCAAACGCACCGAUCCUACCACCAGAUGGACAGCACAGCAUCCCGACCUGCCGUUAGAGCUGGAAAGACGGAAAAGCAGGCGCAAAUCCAUGAGCGAUGCGCGGCGCACGCGGCACUUGGAUGACGAGCUUGCGCUUGACCGACGGGACAGCAUCGAGGAUGCCGUAACACAGUAUCUGAAGGCACCUCGCUUGAGCCGGAAGGUCAAGCAUCCUGGUAGUAACCGUACCAUCAGCUUUUCGGAGGUCGGCGACCCGGAAGGCGCGGCUGUCUUUGUAUCCGUGGGUAUGGGGUUGACGCGGUAUGUCUCGGCUUUCUACGAUGAGCUCGCAACAACCCUGCGCUUGCGUCUCAUUACCGUGGAGCGUCCUGGGGUAGGCGCCAGCGAUCCUUAUCCAGCAGGACAUCGUGGCGGCCCAUUAAGUUGGCCGGAAGAUGUUCUCGCCAUCUGCGAACACCUAAACAUUACCAAGUUCAGCCUGCUCGCACAUUCUGCUGGGGCCGUCUAUGCGCUCGCCACAGCGCUUAUUCUACCGCAUAUGAUCAAAGGCAAAGUGCAUCUGCUGGCGCCAUGGAUCCCGCCUAGUCAGCUCGAGGCCCUCCCACACCCGACCGCAACCGCUGCGCCCUCGGUCGCGAUGCCGCGAGGUCAGCGCAUCCUCCGCGUCCUACCUACUUCCUUCCUGAAAGCGGCCAACACUUCCUUCUUGACCGCCACCUCUACGUCUCUCAAACCCGCGGCACGACGCCCAGUUCAGAGCUCGCGAGACCGCUCUCGCGAACACUCCGUCUACUGGGGAAUCCCCGAAAGGCCCUCGACUGCACAACGUCCCGACUACGGAAGGCGAGAAAGCUUGAUGCUGAUGGACCAGUACAUGCCCAGCAACCCCAUGGAGAGCUUUCUUCUUCCAAUGAGAGAGGAGGACGAAGCAGCCCUCGAACCACCACCGAAACGGAACUCGGUUUUCCUGGGUGCCACCGCAAGUCCCACGGAUCCCACCUUCGACUUUGCGCAAACGGCACUUAGUGCGGCCGAGCACGCGGAGAAAGAGCGGAAACUCGAAUACGCGAGUUGGCUCACCGAGCGAACCUGGGAGUUGGCCACGCGUGACAGCAACCCUGCUACAGAUUUGCUGGUCUGUCUCGAACGCAACCGUGAGAUCGGGUUUAGGUAUACGGACGUCUCCCGUGAAGUCGUCAUCACGCACGGCAGCGAGGACAAGCGCGUGCCCUUGCCCAACGUCAAGUGGCUAGCGGAUCAGAUGAACGCGCGAGCCUUGGCCGGACUUGGCAAUAACAUGGCCGUGAACGGGAAUGCGAACGAGUAUCCGCAAAGCCGGGAUGGUUGGGCGGAUGUACGGACAAGUCGGGGCGGGUGCGAGUUGAGAGUAUUGCGGGGAGAAGGGCAUGGGUUGAUGGCUAGUGCAAGCAUCGUCGGUGCUGUAUUGACGGAGAUUGCUGGGUAUUGGGCCGGACAGCGUUGA